GCGGAAGUUGUUGCUCAUGUUUUGGAAGUGUCCCCGGAAGAGGAGUGAGUGUACUUGUGUGACAUGGUGGUGGCGGAGCAGCUUUGUGCCACCCGAGCUCGAAGGCUCAGCGCCGAGGUGCGACUUGACGGAAGAUGGUAAAGAAACGCGAGCUUCUGCUUUCCCACACAGACACAGAGCGCGCCCAAGAUGACAUGAUGGUUCCCGUGCUGAGUUCCCAAAAAGCCAGCGAGCUGCCCAUCCAUGAAGUGGCGAGCGCCCUGCAGGCCGACCUUCAGUACGGGCUGGCCGAGGACGAGGUUUCCCGAAGGCGGGUCUACCACGGCUGGAACGAGUUUGACGUCGGAGAGGAGCUGCCGUUGUGGAGGAAGUACAUGUUGCAGUUCAAAGAUCCGCUCAUCCUGCUGCUGCUGGCGUCCGCCAUCAUCAGCGUCGUCAUGCGGCAGUUUGACGACGCCAUCAGCAUCACCGUGGCCAUCAUCAUUGUAGUCACUGUGGCCUUCGUCCAGGAGUAUCGCUCGGAGAAGUCUCUGGAAGAGCUGGGAAAGCUGGUCCCGCCGCAAUGUCAUUGCAUCCGUGAAGGUCGGCUGCAGCACUUGCUGGCCCGGGAGCUGGUCCCAGGCGACACGGUGUGCCUGGGGGUAGGUGAACAGGUGCCAGCGGACCUGCGCCUCUUUGAGGCCAGCGACCUCUCGCUGGACGAGUCCAGUCUGACGGGGGAGACGGCGCCCUGCUCCAAGUCCACAGCACACCAGCCGGCCGCCACCAACGGCGACAUUGCUUCCCGCGCCAACAUCGCCUUCAUGGGCACACUGGUGCGCUGCGGCAAAGCCAAGGGCAUUGUCAUCGGAACAGGAGAGAACUCUGAGUUCGGCGAGGUCUUCAAGAUGAUGCGGGCGGAGGAGGCUCCCAAGACGCCGCUGCAGAAGAGCAUGGACCUGCUGGGCAAGCAGCUGUCGUUCUACUCAUUCGGCAUCAUCGGGGUGAUCAUGCUGGUGGGCUGGUUGCAGGGCAAGAGGAUCAUGGACAUGUUCACCAUCGGUGUCAGUCUGGCAGUGGCGGCCAUUCCCGAGGGCCUCCCCAUCGUGGUGACAGUGACGCUGGCGCUGGGCGUCAUGCGCAUGGUCAAGAAGAGAGCCAUCGUCAAGAAGCUUCCCAUCGUGGAGACGCUGAGCUGCUGCAACGUCAUCUGUUCAGACAAGACGGGAACGCUGACUAAGAACGAGAUGACCGUCGCGCAGAUGUUCACGUCGGACGGCAUUCAUGCUGAGGUCACGGGCGUGGGCUACAAUGCCAGCGGACAGGUCUUAGCCCACGGAGAAAUUGUCCACGGCUUCUCCCACCCGUCGCUCGGCAAGAUCGCGGAGGUGGGCUGCGUGUGCAACGACUCCGUCAUCAGGAACGGGACUCUGCUGGGCCGACCCACUGAGGGAGCACUGGUGGCCCUUGCCAUGAAGAUGGGCCUGGAAGGCCUUCAGCAGGAGUAUGUGCGUGUUGAGGAGCUUCCCUUCACCUCCGACAAGAAAUGGAUGGCGGUGCGCUGCGUUCACAGCACGCGGCAGGACGAGCCAGGCGUUUUGUUUGUGAAGGGCGCCUACGAGCAGGUGAUUGGCUUCUGCAGCUCCUACAACAGUCGAGGCAGCGCCUUUCCUCUCAGCCAGCAGCAGGUGGAGCUCUACCAGCAGCACAUCAGCUACAUGGGCACCACCGGCCUCCGAGUACUGGCCUUCGCUUCCGGCUGCGAGAUGGGAACGCUGACUUUUCUGGGCCUUGUGGGCAUCAUUGACCCGCCCCGGGCGGGGGUGAAGGAGGCGGUGGGCACGCUCAUCAGCUCGGGCGUCGCCAUCAAGAUGAUCACCGGAGACUCCCAGGAGACGGCCACCUCCAUAGCGAGCCGUCUGGGCCUGUGGUCCAAAGGAGGCCAGUGCUUGUCCGGCGAGGAAGUGGACCGUCUGGACCUGCAGCAGCUCUCGCAAAUCGUCAGUCGAGUCUCUGUCUUCUACCGAGCCAGCCCCAGGCACAAGCUGAAGAUCGUAAAGUCUCUGCAAAACAUCGGCGCUGUGGUGGCCAUGACGGGUGACGGCGUCAACGACGCGGUGGCACUGAAGGCGGCCGACAUCGGCAUAGCCAUGGGCCGCACCGGAACUGACGUCUGCAAGGAGGCCGCCGACAUGAUCCUGGUGGACGACGACUUCAACACCAUCAUGUCAGCCAUCGAGGAGGGAAAGAGCAUCUACAACAACAUCAAGAACUUUGUGCGCUUCCAACUCAGCACGAGCAUCGCGGCGCUGACCCUCAUCUCCUUGGCCACGCUGCUGAAUUUCCCCAACCCGCUCAACGCCAUGCAGAUCCUGUGGAUCAACAUCAUCAUGGACGGGCCGCCCGCGCAAAGUCUGGGCAUGGAGCCAGUAGACCGUGCGGUGAUCCUAAAGCCGCCUCGCAACGUCUCCGACAGCAUCAUCACGCGUGGCCUCAUCGUCAAAGUUCUGGUGUCGGCCUUUAUCAUCGUGUGCGGGACGCUCUUUGUCUUCUGGAGAGAGCUCCAGGACAACGAGAUCACCCCCCGAGACACCACCAUGACCUUUACCUGCUUUGUCUUCUUUGACAUGUUCAAUGCACUCAGCUCGCGCUCACAGACACGCUUGGUCCACGAGAUGGGCCUGUGCAGCAACCGCACGUUCUGCCUGGCGGUGCUGGCAUCCAUCAUGGGCCAACUGCUGGUCAUCUACUUCCCGCCGCUGCAGCGCGUCUUCCAGACAGAGAGCCUCGGCGUCUUCGACCUGCUGUUCCUGGUGGCACUGACGUCAUCAGUGUGCAUCGUGUCGGAGGCCAUCAAGCGAGCCGAGCGGUGGCGAAGCGCGGCCAGGAGGGCGCCCGGCGACCGCUUCCAUCAGGUGUGACGCCAGCCAACGCCCCACCUGCCAGAAUCAGAUGGGAAGGACUAAGCCCUGCCCCAUCGGUCACAUUCCUGCUCUUUCCUUCCUCCUGCUGGCGGGCGCUCUUGUUCACUUUCCUCGUGCGGGAAGUGUGUUUAGGUUGACUCUGUGAGCUGUCGCCAUAGGCCCAUCUGUUGUGAGGACGUCACUCACUAAGCACGCCCCCGACGGCGGCAACACCACCAGGCUCGUAGGCUGACCUUCCGCUUGAAGUUAUUUGAAUAAUCCUUUUAGGCCCCCAGUCUUCCAAUCCUCCCGUGAAGAUUUGGGAGCAGGUAGUGAGUGCGUGAUUAGGGUGGGGCCCUCUUCAGAAGAAAUCCGGCCAUCGCCACAAUUAGCCGCUGCUUUUGUUGGACUAUCGGUGGCUAUUCCACAAAAUGUCUCAGCCCUCCUUUUUGAAAAGCCUCUUCAGGUGGGUAUGAGAACCAAAGACCGCUGCUACAAUGGUGCGCUCCUUCCCUGCUUCCCGACACUAUUAACCGCAGGCGGGCCUGAAAGCGUCAGUCCGUUGUUCCCCCAUUGCUGCAAAGUGCUUCCAGGUGGCCGACCUUCUCGCCAACCCAACUCUUGUUCUUAGACAUCCAUGAUGGUCCACUUGCAUGACGCUGCCGUUGACGGCAGCGCAUGCUAAAAAGUACCCAGUUGGCAAAAUUUGGAUCCUUUGUCAACACAGGACGUUUGAGGGCCAAGCUCCUUGACCAGAGGAAGCCAAUAUUGUCUUGGAAGUACUGCACAUGGCAGAGCAGCUUUGUUUUUAAAAGACUCCUUUACUUUGUUUUUCUCAACUGAAUUUUCCCAUUCGUGACAAAGAUGAAAGAGAAAAUAACACUGAAGAAUUUUUGUUCCCUCUAUGCUCAUAUUUUUAUUUUUAAACCCCAUGAAGUGAAAUGGCGGCUAUUUGGUGGAGGCUUCUGUUUUAAAAACUGCUGUUUUUUGUUGAAAAUGUCCACGGGAAAUAAAAUGCAAAUAUUUUUGUGUUGCUUGUUGAAGUGA